AUGAGUAUCAAAGAUACAUUGAUAAUGUUUUACAGUUUAAAACAUAUCAUUGGUGAUGCCCGUAGCUUCUUCAAGGAAAUAUUACAGGAAAUUGGUUUUGUUAUGCGCAAACGGGAUAUACGCAAGCAAAAAGAUCUUGGGGAAUACUUUAUUAUUCCAAUAUAUACGGGAUUGACGUACGCUUUUUGCACUAAUGUUUUAGUGCAACUAAAACCUUUGGAUAAAGCGUCAGCAUUCAUGAUGUUUUUUGACAAAUAUGACUACUCAAGACAGACACAUGAAAGUGCAAAGGAACAUUUAAAACAAAAUGUCAAACAUUACUGGAUGACCUUCUAUAUCCUGAAUAUAUUGCAUCGCAAACGGACUGAUGUUGCUGGAAGAGUAUCAAAGGCGUUUGUAAUCUCAUUGGGAUCACUCAGCAGACUGUUAAGAGAGACUAGUCGGACUUCUAUUGGUGAUGUUGAAAGAGCAGGCUUUAUAUUUCUAACAAAACCCACCAAAACUCUUUCUAAUAAUGAAUUCAAUACCGUUAUGCCUUUUAUGUUGAUGAAGAUUCUUAACAAAAUGCUUCUAUCUUUUCCAGAGGAUCUCCUGUUGCCAGAUGAACUUUUUCUUAUUCCAACAAAAGAUCGCCCUUGGAGGUGGCAAGAUUUUGAGUCCCUUCAUGGAUACUAUCAAAGAGCACUUAUUAAGUCUUUAAUUAACAACGAAGCAUUAGACAGCUUCAAAAAAGAUUUAAAAGACGCAAAAGGAGGGAAUGCUUAUAUUAUCAAAGAACAAAUCAAAAUAGAAAAAAUUUGUCUUGCAGUUAAAAACAAAAAAGCUGGUGCCUAUCUGAUAUAUUUCGUGGUGCAAAAGAUAAACAUUCAGAAUAUGAUAACAAAGGGUCCCAAAGCAAACGGACCAGAACUUAAUUCGUGUGCGACGUUGUACAGGAAAAAAUCUUCAGCAGAUGCCUCGGCUGGUUUAAAUUCAAUUGGUGGCAUUACUAAACCACGAUGGGCAAACGUUGAGGAAGACCUUUUUUACUGA